AUGUGCAGAGGACGCAAGCACAUCGAGGAGAAAACGCUUCACCCAGAGUUUCCACCACAGCGCUUGGGACCUAAGAUAGCUUCAGACACAGCAAAAAUCCUCGACGAAGCUAAAAUACCGAACUUCGUAUGGGAAUGGAUAGAACUAGCCCCUAUUGGGCUUCCGAGAGCACAUGUGGAAAUCCAAUUUAUCAUCCCGGAUAUUUUUCUAGUAAAAGCCGCUACGGCUCUUACAGCUGCGAAGCUCAAGAUAUGUAAGGCCGGUCCUGAAUGCCGCCAGAUUAAUGAUAUCCCAACAUCGGAACCGGACAUGCAUUUCCACCAUCACCCGCAUCCGCAUGAAGUGAUAUCAUUGAUGAAGCAAUCGUCCAUGGCUUGGAAACUAGAUAUCACGCUAGAGUCUCCGGCUAAAAAUGACCCUGAUUUUAUGUUGAGCAAUGAUCCUCGGUUUUCCGGUCAUUCAAUGCUGUUCAGUCCUAUUCCUUCUGGGAUGUAUCCGUUCAAGAUGUUGACGCCAGCGCGGUUGACAGAGUGCUAUUUGUUGCUACUUUGUCGAGACGUUGAUAUCAAAACCGCUGUUAUGCUGAAGAACUACUUAGGACAUCUUUUAUACAUCAAAAAGCAUGUGCAAGGACCUAAGUGGUUUACAGAGGAGGAUAUUCACCCUCGCUUUCGACCUUUAUGGAGGGAGCUUGAUCAGGAGACUCUUUCAACAAUUUAUGACCAAGUCCGGAAGCUUCGCGUUGAAAUUGGAGAGAAUGGAUUUAAACCAUCAUCAGGUCAAGAAAUAAAAUAUUUGGACCGAUUAUUGAGUUAG